CCCCUGGUGGCACAGGUUGUUCAGGGCUUGCGAGGUGCUGUGGGGGGAGGCGUACACAAAGCAGUUGUCUGGUGGGCAGAUGUGGGUGCUUUAUUUUAAAGCCUGGUAAAAGGCGCGAUAAGAAUAAAACCAAAAAUAGUACAAUAUAGUAGCCCACCUCAAUGCAACAGGAGGCAGCGAGUCGCAGAGUAACAAUAAAUUAGAAUGUGGAGCCUUUAGUGCUCAUCAGAAUUGAGAAGGGGCAGCUGGCUUUCUUGUCACAUCUAACUCAAGGUGGUUUUUCUGCUUCAUUCAUUACGUGGAAGACUAGAAGUUCUAACUGUCCUAAUAGUUGGAAUUUUCCUUUUGUAUCUACAAGUGCGCGGGGGAGGAAUUUUAUCUUUCUUCAAUUAAGAAAAAAGCAAAUACAGGAUUGUAUGUAAAUGUGUUGUCUGGGAAUAUUACUUGUCUUCCCUUCAACCUGUUCAAAUAAGUGAUUUUUAAAAGAGACUUUGCAUUGUAUUAAAUAAAUAAAAAUUUGCUAUGCUGACUUGUCUAAUGAAUCAGAUCCAUGUGGGAAAUAUGCUUAGCUACAACAGCAACAAAUACGGUAUAAAUAGUGCUGCUACAGUGUUCUCCCUUUUCGGUGUAGAGGGUGAAGAAGCUGUGGUUUUCCUCUAGAAAUGCUGUUGAUUUUGUAGGUAAUUUAAAUGAUAUUCUAGCAUGGACACUGUUGCUAGCCAUAGUUGUCAUCUUCUCCAGCAGCUACAUGAACAGCGCAUCCAGGGUCUUCUCUGUGACUGCAUGCUGGUGGUAAAAGGUGUCUGCUUCAAAGCACACAAAAAUGUAUUAGCUGCUUUCAGCCAAUAUUUCAGGACCCUUUUCCAGAAUUCUUCAGGCCAGAAGAAUGAUGUCUUUCACUUGGACAUUAAAAAUGUAGGUGGCAUAGGCCAGAUCUUGGACUUCAUGUACACCUCUCACUUGGAUCUUAGCCAGGACAAUGUACAAGCUAUGUUGGAUAUUGCACAGUGUCUCCAAGUGCAAAAUGUGCUCAACAUUUGCCACACCUUUUUAAAGUCUUCUGCAGCUGUAGAGCAAACAGCCAGCAUGCCUUGUAAUAGCGUAUUUUCGCUGCAGCAUACUUUGACUGCAGAUACAAGCUGUGCCAAUGACAGUUAUGGAACAAACCUAUUGCAUGAAUGCUCGUCUGACACACAAGCUAAUAAAGCCUUGGCUGACCACCAUUCUCACACAUCGCAGUCUGUUAAUCUUCACACACCCUCAAGUGAUGUACAGAAACAACCACAAGACUCCUUAGAUGGCAACUGCACAGAGCUUCCUUUUAAACAACCAAAUUACUAUUAUAAACUACGCAACUUUUACAGUAAACAGUUCUAUAAGCAAAAUGCGUGCUCUAAUCAUGAGAGAGGAGCAGAACAAUCUUUUUCUUACAACACAUCUACAGAAAUAAACACAGUAGAGAGUAAUUCUUGUACUGUCAAUCACUCUGAGUGUAUUCUGGAAACCUCUGAUCAUUUACCAUCAAACUUUCUGGUUCAGUCCGUGAAUGAAGCUGCUUCAGACCAAGAUGCAGAAAGCACACUUAUGCAGCCCACCAAACAGAUGCGGCUGAAAAAGGCAGUACACCUCAAAAAGUUAAAUUUUCUAAGAUCUCAGAAAUCUGCAGAACAGCCACCUGAGCCUAAAAGAGAUGACAGUACAAUAACAAGAGUAAUUGAAUCUGUAAAUGAAAGUACCAUGGACAUGAUAAAUGUUAGAGUUACUGAUGAAAAAGGAGCUGACGAUCUAGUGAAUUCUGAGAAUUUUGAACAAACUGUUGAAAUUGAAAGGUCUCAAGGUCCUUUGGAACAAGAAGGGCAAUCACAGACUCUUCAGUCACAGAGGCAAUAUACUUGUGAAUUAUGUGGGAAGGCUUUUAAACAUCCAAGCAAUUUGGAGCUCCAUAAAAGGUCCCAUACAGGUGAGAAACCUUUUGAAUGUAACAUUUGUGGGAAACACUUCUCACAGGCAGGUAAUCUCCAGACACAUUUGCGUCGACAUUCUGGUGAAAAGCCAUACAUUUGUGAGAUCUGUGGGAAAAGAUUUGCUGCUUCUGGUGAUGUUCAGCGUCAUAUUAUUAUUCAUUCUGGAGAAAAGCCUCAUCUGUGUGAUAUCUGUGGCAGAGGAUUCAGUAACUUCAGUAAUUUAAAGGAGCAUAAAAAGACCCAUACAGCAGAUAAAGUAUUCACCUGUGAUGAAUGUGGGAAGUCAUUCAACAUGCAGCGAAAAUUAGUAAAGCACAGAAUUAGGCAUACUGGAGAGAGACCAUACAGCUGUUCAGCAUGUGGGAAGUGUUUUGCAGGCUCUGGUGACCUGCGUAGGCAUGUGAGGACUCACACAGGAGAAAAACCCUAUACCUGUGAAACUUGUAACAAAUGCUUCACUCGCUCUGCUGUUCUACGGCGCCACAAGAAGAUGCAUUGUAAAGCCCCUGAUGAAGGUCCAAACACACUAGAUGAAUUUACUCAAGGGAUUGAAACAUCUGACCUUGACAAGUCUCAGAGUUCUGACUCUUUUGGCCAAGAAAUGUCUGUUACAUUGUUACCAGUGUCUGUUAAGUUUCCCAUUCGUCCAACUGCAAAUUCAACGGAAUUUGAUAGUUCUGCGGAUUCUUACUGUAAAUUGCGAUCAAUGAUUCAACACCAUGACUCGGCAAACCAACAGAAACUGAAUGUGGAUUCUGCCAAAAUCCCAAAAGCUCAGACACAGCAGACUCCGCCACCACCACCAUAUGCUUAUGCAGAUGUAGAUGUGUCUUCUGCAGAAGAACCCUUACAGUCUGAUAAUAUUCCCAUGAUUCGUUCCUCUGGGGUUAGCUUGGACAGUCAUUGUAAUGAUCCACUAGGCAGUCGAACAUCAUCUGCUGCAUACAAGAAUAAUGAAGGACCGUUCUUCUCCAGCAUGACCCUCUGGGGUUUAGCUAUGAAGACCUUGCAGAAUGAAAGUGAAUUGGAACAAUGAGGGCUCAGGGGACUGUAUCAAAACUUCUUAGAGGCAUUUCAUGCUGAAGUGAUUGUGAUUGCACUGCAGCAUAGAGAUCAGAGCUAGUUUUUAAGCCAACUAGCUUGGAUACUGGUAGAAAUUGAUAUGCAUGCCCAGAACCCAGUGUAGGCUGCCUUUACACCACUCAGCAAAGUUCAGAUCUAGUUUCGGGGACCUUUGUUCUGUGACUGCACUGUGUAGCUCAUGUGUUGCCAUAAUUUACUAAAAUUUUCCAUUUACUAAACUUGUCAUUUAACUUGGUAUUUUUUGCCUGAUAAUGGAGGAGAAGAUGGCCCAAAGCCUAAUUUCACUAGAAGUGUACAAUUCCAAUUGUGGGUCAUUGGAGUUGUAUAAGGGUGUAGAUAGGAAAGGAGGAAAAUACUUAACAAAUCCUUUAGUGAAUCUGAGUUUCAGUAGUGGCUUUCUUACCAGUAGGAUCAUUGGUUUACAUGACUUGAGUAUUGUGAUAUUAAAUGUAAAUGUUAAAUACUGGACAAUAUUUGUGAUAGUGCAAAGUAACUGUAUAUCUAGAAACUUUAUUUUUUUACAAUAAAGGCUUUUUUUAGUAUUUUAUAAACUAUUUUGCACAGCAGAUUGUUUGUACAAGGAAGACCAAGAUCAGGAAAUGCGAAUAAAGGGAAGUUGUUUUACAUUGUA